AUUUUAUCAAUACCUCAUUAGAUUUUGUAAAUAAAAAAACAUAAUCCCGAACUGAAGUCUCAACGGUUUUUAUGACACUUCCUUCUUCUUACCAGAGAAAACACAUAAAUUCAAAGCAGAGAGAAUAGGGAAAAGAAAACCCUUUUUAAGGUGAAAAAAUGGAGAGUAAGGAGGAAGUUUUUUCUGUUGAGCUUCCAGCACCUGCUUCUUGGAAGAAAAUGUUUUUUCCCAAGAAAGUCGGUUCACCCAGGAAGACUGAGAUCAUGUUCAUUGCACCAACUGGGGAGGAGAUUAGUAGCAGGAAACAGUUGGAGCAAUAUCUAAAAUCACACCCUGGUAAUCCUCCAAUAACGGAGUUUGAUUGGGGUACCGGUGAGACCCCUAGAAGAUCAGCAAGGAUCAGUGAAAAGGCCAAGGCUACUCCAACACCAGAAAAGGAACCCCCAAAGAAGCGAGGCCGAAAAUCGUUGAGUGCAAAGAAGGAAAACAAGGAAACAGAGGCUGUUCCCGAAAAAUCCGAAGGUGAGAAAGAAAAUGAAAAGGAAGAUGCACCAACCACUGAAAAGGAAACUGCGGAAGCUGAAAGAGAAAAAGAUACUUCCAUCGAAACUCAGGUUCAGGAUGGAGUUAAAACAGAAGUGGCAGACCAGACUGGGCAUGCUGACACCAAGAUGGAGGAAGCUGGUACAGAUGUUAAGGUACCAGAAACUGCAGAGGCUGGCAAAAAAGAAGAGACUGCUGGUACCGAAGAAACACCAACUGCAAUGGAGGUUCAAGAGAAACCUGCAGAAGCUAGUUGCAUAGAUGGGACUCAAACUGCAAAAGAAGAGGAAGCCCCUACUGAAAAGGUGCCACAAACUCAGGCAGAGAAAGAGAAUGGUACAUGUGAGAAACAACCAGAAAACCCAGAAACUGUGACAUUGGAAGCUAAUGGGGGAGUGGAGAAAGAGAAUCCAAAUGGAGCAGUCCCUGUAUCUGAGGGAGAAGCCAAAGAGACACAAGGUUUACAGGAGGUGGCUGGCAAGGGUAGUGUUGAGGUCGAGGACAAAGGCAAGGCAGUAGAUGCGGAGGUGAUUGAAAAUGGUAAGGUUAAAGAAGGUGGGCAAGCUGAUACCCCACAACCUACAGGAUCUGCGCCUGCAAGCAACUAAUAUGACAACCAGUAUCCUAGCCACCCUGUGGUAUUCUAGUUUAUUGUAUUUGCCUGUAACCUCUAUGAUGAUUCCAUGGAUGACUGUAACAUUAAUGAUGUUUCUGCUAGAUUUGUUUGUUAGUGGGAUAGCAAUCAACCUGUAUCCCUGUAAGAAGUAGGUUUGAACGUUGCAGCUUUUGUUACAUUGUGUAGAACUUAGAUUGUAGGCACAUGAAACUCGUGAUUUAUGGUUAAUGGCUCAAGUCUCAGAUCGAACAUUACAUGUUAUGUGAUUGAUUAACUGCACUGUGUAUGCUUGAUAUGUUGUUGACACAA